AUGGGUGGGGAGCAAGGUUUGUCAACAUCUCCCAUCAUUGAUAAGCUGGAGACGCUUAACAUAUCAACCGUCCCGGAAAUACCCGUUUAUAGGCCAACAGCUGGUGAAUUCGAGAACUUUAGCAAGUGUAUUUCAGCGAUAGAAUCCCGCGGAGCUCAUCACAUAGGUAUUUGCAAAGUAAUACCGCCAUCUACUUGGACCUGCCGACGUAAGGGAUAUGAUGAUAUCGGUGAAUAUAUUGUCGAGAAGCCAAUAUAUCAAACUUCGCACGGUAGUCGAGGUAUAUAUUUGCAGGAUAUCUCUCCUAGAAAAAGUCUUAAUUUCAAUAACUUCAAGAGUUUGGCAUUAUCUAAAGCCCACUGUACCCCACGUUUCAGGGAUUUUGAUCAUCUUGAAAGAAUGUACUGGUCAUCUAUCAUCUCCAGUCGUCCGUUGUAUGGUGCAAAUGUUGACGGAACUUUGAUGGAUGAUGAACUGAAUAUUUGGAAUAUUUCUAAACUUGAUUCAAUUCUAAGCCGUGUGUUUCGAGAAGAGGGUGUACAAAUACCAGGAGUAAAUACACCUUAUUUGUAUUAUGGAAUGUGGAGUUCUACCUUUCCUUGGCACGUUGAAGAUGUAGAUUUGUACUCUAUAAAUUAUCUUCACUACGGACUCCCUAAAUGGUGGUACGUCAUACCACCAGCUUUUGCGCGCAAAUUUGAAGCAUUUGUUUCUGAAUACUUUCGAUCAGAAUUCCUUAGAUGCAAUUGCUUCCUAAGACAUAAAUGUGUCUUAAUCAGCCCUACUGUCCUUUUACAAGCCGGCAUUCCGACUAGAAAAAUUUUACAACAUGAAGGUGAAUUCAUGAUUACUUUUCCAUAUGCCUACCAUUCUGGGUUUAAUACGGGUCUAAACAUAGCAGAAGCAACAAACUUUGCGCUCGCUAGAUGGGUAGAAUAUGGAAAACAUGCCAAAAUUUGCAAAUGUUGGGAUGACACAGUGAAAAUAUGCAUGGACCCGUUUGUGCGAAGAUUUCAACCAGAGCUAUUUGAUGAUUGGAAAAUUGGGAAAAACCCACGACCUCAUCCUCUUGACGCUUACGUGAUUAAAGAUACAAACCGUCUUUCAGAAGACACAAUUCAUCCAGAUGAUGCCAAAUCCCUAGAGGCUGACUUACGUGGGGUUGCAAGUGGCAGUUCUGCUCCAGUCGAACGUCCGUCGUUCAAGUUAAAACUCCCCAGACCAGGUGAUCUUAACCUGAUUGACUUGCGGUAUUCUUCUAAACAGUUUAAAGAAGCCAGACUUCCUUAUCAUAUUGCUGCCAAUCCUCAUUUGCAUCCUUUGUGGUGUGGUAAUCCGGCUAAUGAACAGAACGAACGAACUUUCAAUAACUUUAUUGGUAGCCAUAAACCAUAUUGUGCCAUUUGCUCAUUUUUGUGGACUCCUCAGCAUAUUUCCAAACUUUUAUCCACUGAACAUGGAGAUGAAAAUUUGCCUAUGUACUCAGAUCCACACCUGCCUGAGGUUGCGUAUCAUGACUUUCACAGUCCUUCUGUACAAUUUCCACAAGUAGUGAAAAGCCGCAUAGUUAAAUGCGUUCAUUGUUCCCUAACAGUACAUACUAGAUGCUAUGGUAUCAAAGAUGAAACCCUUUUAAAUGAAGACAGUCGUGUAACACAGAAAAUUCCUUGGCUUUGUGAUGCUUGCAAAGCAGAUCGCAAACCUACGUGUGUGUUUUGUUAUAUGCGUGGUGGAGCUAUGAAAGCUUUGAUGAACAUAAACAAUAGCUAUACGGGACGACCAUACUGGGCCCAUGUGAUAUGCGCUUUGGCUACUCCCGGUUGCCAUUUCAAAGAUGUACCUCAAAGAUUGGCAUUCAUUUCUGAAGAUUCAAUAAAAACAGCUAUUAAUUCAGCUGAACUGUAUUAUAAUGUGAGAAAUGAUCGUUAUGCAACUUGUGAAAACAACUCUCCUGUGGAAAUGCACCAGUCAGAUUCUUCUCGUUUUGCAAAUUUAAAUAAUUUAGCCAAAAAGUUAGUACAUAAAAGACCACAUGACAGCAAUAGUUAUGAUGAAUGCUAUGGCGAUGGUUCAUGGGAAUGCCGUCAAACUUCCCAAGAAAGUGGAGUAUACAUCCCAAACAAAGCCAGUAGUUUAUCGCGAAAGUUAUGCCGCAGUCAAACCGUUCCCACAAAUCCCAGUAUUGGUAGUUUGAAACUCUCAAACCGGAAUAACAAUGAUCUACUUAGUAGUGGUGAUGAUAAUGAUUAUCAUCAUCGAAAAACAGAUAUUACUACGAAAUCUGAAAGAAUUGCUACAUUACUUUCUUCUAAAUGCGCUGUUUGUGGACUACCAGGAAGAGGAUUUCUCCCAUUAGCUCCAUGUUGGUAUGAUGGUUGUUCUGCUAGAUUUCAUGUGACUUGUGCUCAGAUGGCUGGCAUAGUCAUUGGUACGGAUGUGUAUCCGCGUUUCUUUUACAUUGCUUGCUGGAAACAUCCAACUAAUUAUAAUCACCCUGGUUUUCGCGAUCAGGAUUCUGUUUCACCAGGAGAUCACGUAAUGGUUCAAAGAAAUAGAAACCCUACAUUUACACCUGGCGUGGCUAUUCGAAGAGUAACUCCUCUUUACUGUCGGAUAUCCUUCCCCGAUGGAACGUUCUCAUCUGAUACACCUCCUGAAUAUUUGACAAACAUUGAUUGGUUCAAAGAUGGACCACCACCGAAAGGUUCAGUUGUAAAGGUUCUUUGGGAUGAUGGAGCAGAAUAUGUAGGAACAUAUGAAGGUACUACUUCUGAACAAUGGGAAGUCCAACUGGAGUCUGGAGAAGUAAAAAUAUUCAAUCGUGAACAGUUUUAUGUACAGCCACAAAGGAAGUGUGAACAGUCAAUCGAUUUGAAUGACGAUUUGGAUGAUAAUUCAUUACGACCAUCUUGUUCAUGA